CGAGUGCAGCAGAGGAGGUGCUCCGACUUCGUUCAGUACUUUAAGUAUUCAACAGGAUUAUACAGAGCGACUAAUAAGUGGGACGGACCCAACAUUGAGGAGUAUUUGGAAUUGCAAAAAUGAUCACGGCCUACUUCCUGGAAAAUUUCUGGGGAGAAAAGAAUAAUGGUUUUGAUGUCCUUUAUCAUAACAUGAAACACGGGCAGACGUCAACUAAAGAGUUGUCUGAUUUUAUAAGGGAGAGGGCAGGAAUUGAAGAUGCAUAUGCAAGGGCAGUGACCAAACUGGCUAAAUCAGUAAGCAAUUACUCACAGUUGGGGACAUUUGCACCAGUGUGGGAUAUUUUUAAAGCUUCAGCUGAAAAAUUUGCAAGCUGUCACUUUGAUUUUGUUCGGAAAUUACAUGAAUUAAUAAAGGAAAUUCAGAAGUAUGCGGAGGAGCAGACCAAAGCACAUAGAAAGACUAAAGAAGAAGUAGCUGCAACCCUAGAAUCUGUGCAGAACAUUCAAACCAUUACUCAGGCUCUUCAGAAAUAUAAAGAAAUCUAUAACACAAAGUGUUUGGAACAAGAGAGAUUAAAAAAGGAAGGAGCAACACAAAAAGAAAUGGAAAAGGCAGCGUCAAAAACAAAGAAGGCUACAGAAGUGUAUAAACUUUAUGUAGAAAAGUAUGCUACAGCUAAAAUGGACUUUGAACAGAAAAUGACAGAAGCUGCACAGAAAUUUCAAGAUAUAGAAGAAGCUCAUAUGUAUAAUAUGAAAGAAAUUAUAUUAAGUUUUUCACAAGCGUCUAAUGAAACCCAUUCACAGAUAAGCCAGGUUCAAGAAGAAUUUUUAAGCAACAUCAAGAACACUACCCCUGAAAGUUUGAUACAGAAGUUUGCAGAAACCAAAGGGACUGGCAAAGAAAGACCUGGACCUAUUGAGUUUGAAGAAUGCAACCUAGCCAUUGCAGCAGAAGGUCUGAAGCCACGAAAGAGGAAGCCAUUUGGAAUAACUGGGAGAAUAUGGAAAGAUAAAGACACAGAUUCAGUGGAAUGCCCAGAUGCUGACUCUGGUAAUGCUGAAAACACUGCUGAUGUUGAUGAAGAAGGAUACAGCAUCAAACCAGAAGUUAACCAGAGUGAUGCCAAAGAGAACCAUUUCUGCUCCUCAAGUGACUCUGACUCAGAUAAUGAUGAGCCUAGAAAGUUUCACGUGGAGAUCAAGCCGCUGCAACCAAAUGACACUUUUCAUUCAGCUGCUUCACUAGAUCAGAUAAAGACAUCAAUAGGAAACAUCACCCUUUCUCCUGCAGUUCCUAGGCACAGUCCGGUACCAUUAAAAAGAAACUCAUCUAGUGAAGAGUUAGGAAGAUUGAGGCUACCUGCUCCAUCAAAUGAUAAGAAACCAGCAAAUGACCUGCUGUCACUGGAUUCAUUGUUUGGGCUGCCUCUUAAUUCAUCAUCGUCAUUCUCAACUUCAACAGCUGAAAUGACAGAGCAAAACAGGAACUCUUCCUCCUCUUCUGCUUCUUCUUCCUCUACUGCUUCACCCUGGGGUAUAUCAUUUGAGCCAUCAUUUGGACAUGUACCCGAUUGUGGGUCUCAGAGUCUGUCUCCUGAGGUUUCUUCUGUCCCUGUACCUAUUACUACUGUUAAAAUGGUAGACACUUCAGAAAGCUUGGAUACUUUAUCACUGUCGUCAUGGUGUCGUAGUCAGUGGAUUUCAUUUAAUGAUGAGCAUGCUCCUGUCAAAUGGAUAUACCCAAACUGUAAGGAGACAGAAAAACCUAGGUUUCCUUCAUGUUGCAGUUCCCCUAUUACCUUAUCUGUAACGCACACUUCUAGGCACUGUCCUGCUGAAGAUGCAAGUGAAUCUCAUGGUACUUCAUACAAAAAGCUAACCACUGAAGAAAUUAUCAGCGCAGCUGAAUGUUUCUCUUCAUCUUUUUCAAAUUAUCUGGAUAUUAGCAUAGGUCCUGCCUUACCUCCUCGAAAUAAUGUUUCUGCACCUGGCAGACCUACAACACCCCUUGCUGCAGGCGCUAUAGUGCCACCACCUAGGCCUACUUCCAGACCAAAGCUUCCCACAGGCAAACUUGGGGGGAUUACAGAAAUACCAAGACCUUUUAGCCCAUCAACAUCAUCUAAUGCAAGUCCACCACCUGCAGCUCCAUUGGCCAGAGCAGAGAGUACCUCUUCAAUUUCUUCUAAUACGUCACUUAGUGCAGGAAAUACACCAACAGUUGGUGUUUCACGAGGGCCGAGCCCAGUUACUCUUGGAAAUUUUGAUACACUUCCUGUGGCAGUAGCCUUAACGGAGUCUGUCAAUGCCUAUUUUAAAGGAGCGGAUCCUGCAAAGUGCAUUGUGAAAAUAACAGGAGAAAUGACAAUGUCAUUUCCUGUUGGCAUUAUUAAAGUGUUUACCAGCAACCCCUCACCAGCUGUGCUAUCCUUAAGGUUAAGAAGUACCAGGUUGCUUGAACAAAUUCUACCAAAUUCACAACUUCUGUGCAGUGACUCAACACAAAGUGAUCCAGACACAAAAGACUUUUGGAUAAACAUGCAGUCCCUUGCUACCUAUCUCAGGAAGAUGGCAGAACAAAAUUCAUCUGCUUCAUAUUUCAAUGUUGAGCUGUUAAAGUAUCAGGUAUCUUCAUAUGGCAUUCAGUCAACGCCUUUGAACUUGGCAACGUACUGGAAAUGCACUUCCACUACUACAGAUGUCAGAGUAGAUUAUAAAUACAACCCAGAGUCUAUGGUAACUCCUAGUGCACUGUCUAAUAUACAGGUCUUGGUACCAGUCGAUGGAGGUGUCACUAACAUGCAGUCUCUUCCUCCUGCUGUUUGGAAUGCAGAGCAGAUGAAGGCCUUGUGGAGGAUAUCCGAGAUCUCAAAUCAGUCUGAAAAUGAAGGUUCUGGAACUCUCAGGGCAAAAUUUGACAUUUCGGAUGGACCUAGUAAGCCAGCAACACUUGCUGUACAGUUUGUAAGUGAAGGCAGCACCCUUUCAGGAGUGGACAUGGAACUUGUAGGGACUGGAUAUAGACUUUCAUUACUGAAGAAAAGAUUUGCUUCUGGACGAUACAUGGCAGACUGCUGACGAACCUGUCUGCUUUUAGAACUGGUUUUCGAAGCACAAGCUUAUUGCAGCACCAGUACAAAAACUUCCAAAUUUUUUUUCAUCUCGUUCCUUUGGAAGAGCAUUUUCUCUGAAAACUACUUUGGGAGCUAAAUUCUUUUGCAGCAAACUACAAAACUAAAAUGCACUUUGAAGGCAGCAAUUUUGGAAGAAUAUUUUACUACAUGAAAUAGCACUGAAAUAAUUUUCAACACUGUUUUUGUAUGUUAAAUUAAUGUUCAUGAAAUAUACAGGUUGACAGCUCAUUAUGAUUAAUCAGAAUCAUUAAAUACCAGCUCCGUGGAGUAUAGGGAUGAAACCUGGACUACGACUCAGUUGAUCUGAGAUUGACUAGUGGCUCAGGAGCUGGAAGAGCCGGGUAGGGGAGAAUAUGGAUGAGUGUCUGAAGCUGGCUCACCUAUCUUGGGGACAUGAGGAAGAUGGUGCAGCCCACUGCACUGCUAACUUGUACUGGACAAAGAGAGAGGGAGAUGUAUCCCAUGCAUCUGUAAGUGGGCAGGAGUGAGCUUGGCUGUGCCAAGCCAUGUCUGCACAAUAGCCUUCAUGAUUCAUGAGUGGGAGCAUGCAUGCUCAUAGAAAGUGUAGCAAGCUUUCACAUCAGCCAUUGCGGGCGGGGGGGGGGGGUCGGUGAGCAGAGUUAGAGCCCUAAACAAAACCUCUGAUGGGUGCCUUAGUAACAGCGUCCAUGAUUGGCUGCCACCCUAAGGAGAA